UCCAGUUCAGUACCACUGGGUUCUUACUCUUUAUGCUUCCAACACCAUCGAAGAUCUUCUUCACUCUCCUCACAUCAGGCUCCUCUUUUCAAUCUCACGCGCUAACCUCUCCAGAACCAAUGGCUUUACAGCCGGCCAGUCUCGAGCUCCGGGAGCUCGGGAACACGGGGCUCAAGCUCAGCUGUGUCGGCUUCGGGGCCUCGCCUCUCGGCAACGUUUUCGGUCCGGUCUCCGACGAAGAUGCCAUCGCCUCCGUCGGCGAAGCCUUUCGCCGCGGCAUCAACUUCUUUGAUACCUCUCCAUACUAUGGAGGAACUUUGUCAGAGAAGAUGCUCGGUAAGUCACUAAAGGCUCUAGGAGUUCCAAGACACAAAUAUAUUGUAUCAACAAAGUGCGGGCGGUACGUUGAGGGUUUUGACUUCAGUGCUGAUAGAGUGACUAGGAGCAUUGAUGAGAGCUUAGCAAGGUUGCAGCUAGACUAUGUUGAUAUAUUGCAAUGCCAUGACAUUGAAUUUGGAUCUCUGGAUCAGGUUGUCAACGAAACUAUUCCUGCCCUUCAGAAAAUAAAGGAAGCAGGGAAGAUCCGUUUUAUUGGAAUUACUGGACUUCCAUUGGAAGUUUUUACAUAUGUACUCGAUCGAGUGCCACCAGGCACAGUGGAUGUAAUUCUGUCAUAUUGCCACUACAGUAUUAAUGAUUCAACAUUGGAGGAUUUAUUACCCUACUUAAAGAACAAAGGGGUUGGAGUAAUUACUGCUUCUCCACUUGCAAUGGGUCUUUUGACUGAGAGAGGUCCCCCAGAGUGGCACCCAGCUUCACCUGAGCUCAAGUCUGCAUGCCAAGCUGCUGUUGCCCAUUGUAAAGAAAAGGGGAAGAAUAUUUCAAAGUUGGCUCUGCAAUAUAGCCUGUCAAAUAAAGACUUUUCAUCUGUUUUGGUUGGAAUGAACUCUGUUGGACAGGUGGAGGAGAAUGUUGCUGCUGCUAUAGAAGUCACAACUGUUGGCAAAGAUGUGGAAACGCUGUCAGAGGUUGAAGCUAUCCUGAAGCCCGUGAAGAAUCAGACAUGGCCAAGUGGAAUCCAGCAUUGAUAACUACUACUUAUGUGCAUUGGUUUUUUUUUUUUUAUUUUUUUUUUAUUAUUUUUUUUUUUUAUUUUUAUUUUUAUUUUUAUUUUUAUUUUUAUGGGCAUGUGAAUUGGUCCAUUAAUAACAAGUUAAUCCAAUUGGGGACGAAUUCUAUUGUUGUGAGGCUCUGCCUGUAUAAGAGGAAAUAAUUUUUCGAUGGGGAUGUAUCCAAAUGCUUUAAUGUUACGAGCAUAUCAUGUAUGAAUAAUAUCCUUCUUUGUGGAUAA